AUGAAUUUUUAUGAAAAUUUAAAACCUUUGGAAGAACAUUCACCGAAUAGAAUGAACAGAUCACCUCCAAAUAGACGAUCUUCUUUAGGAUUUGAAUGUGUUAGUAUUCCAACUUCAUCAAAUACAUUUGAUUCAAAAAUACCACAACCUCCACAGCCUCAAAUUCAAACUCAAUUGUCAAAUGUUUCUUUUCAAUCAAGAAUUAUGGCAAUGCAACAAAGAUUAGCUAGAAAACCACCGCCAGCAAAUGUUUCAUUUCAAGAACCUUCUUAUCAAUACCCAAAUAUUACAACAGAAUUACAAGAAGCAAUAUAUAAUAUAACAGAAGAAAUAAACAAUAAACAAAACCAGCUAGAUCAUUACGAAGAAGAAUUGCAAAAAUUACGAAGAAUAUAUAGAAAUCAUGAAAAAAAAGUUGUUGAUAUAAAUUCAGAAUUUAUAAAUUUUCAAUUACAAUUUGAUUAUUUUAGUGAAGAAAUUAUAAGAUCAGUUCAAAAUGAAGAAAAAAUGAUAGAGAUUAAAUUGAAAGAAAAUCAAAUUAAAUUGGAUAAUCAAUUGAAAGAAUUUGAAUUUGAAAUGAAAAAUGAAAUGGAAGAAAUUAAAAAUAUUGAUUAUUCUUUAUUGAUUGAAAAGUUGGAUAAAUUGAAGAAUGUUGAAAAAGAAUUGAAUAUAAAGAUUGAGAAACAACAGAUUGCAAAUGAUGAAGAAGUUGCAAUAGAGCGUAAAAGAAUUAAAGACGAGUAUGAUACUAAGAUAUCUACAUUACAAGAAGAGUUGAAAAAGAAUAAUGAAAUAAUUAGUCAAAAGCAGUCAGAAUUUAACGAAUUAAAUGUUGAAUUCCAACAAGCAUUAAAUGAACUUGAUAUAUACAAUGCCAAAAUAGAAUCCACAAAGCAACAAAUAAAUACAAUUGAACAAACAAUGACAAAUUUUAAAGGAGAUAAACAAAGUAUAGAAUUACAAUUAAAUGAAUUAGAUAAUCAAUUAAAGAUCAAGACCGAACAAUCGAAUUUAGAACAACCUGAAUUUAAUAAAGUCCAAGAGGAAUACAGAGAAUUAAUUUCUAAAAUACAAAAACAUGAUGAACAUAGACGAAUAUUAGAAAAUUCAAUAAUGAAUUAUGAAAGUAAAAAUAUUCGAAUAUAUGCAAUAUCAAAUGAAGAAGAAUAUAUUGAUAAUAUAGUUGGAUUUGAUAAAGUAUUUAAAGAGGAUACCCCAUAUUCAUCCAUAUAUGAUGAAUUUUCUUUAUUCAUUACCAACAUAUUAAAUGGUCAAAAUAUAUCAAUUAUUUCACAAUUUAUUCCUGGUACAUAUAUUAUAUUUGAAGCAAUGAAAAAUCUUUUAAAUCAUGAUGAUAUUAAAAUUGAUUAUCAAUGUAUGAAUGAAACUACUGAUUUAUUAACAAAUUCACUUCUCCCCACAAAUUCAAUUUUUGGAAGUCAAAAAAUGAUAGUUAAUGAUUUAUUUCAAGUUAAACGAUUUAUUGAUGAUAAUGAAAAUAAUGGUGUUCUUAUUCAUGUUUUAACAGUUUCUGGAUUAAAGAAUGGUAAAGUAUUUGAAAGUAAGUUGGUAUUAAUGGAUAUAAAGAAAGUAGACCUAACGAGUCAAAUUAAUAUAUUAAAGAAUUUGAAUGUAUCAUCAUCUUCAAAAAAUACAUCAUCGACUGACAAAUUAAUACAAUGGAUUUCAACAAAGAGUAAAAAUUUAAUUAUAACCGAAAUCAAUAAUUUUGAAAUCUUAGAAAUACUAAAGAACAUUAAGAAUAAAAAAUAA